AUGGUGUUUGGAAAAGCAUGUCACCUUACAACAGAAUUGGAGCAUCAAGUGUACUGGGCUAUCAAGAAGUUGAAUCUAGAUCUUGAGUUGGCAUGCAAGAAAAUAAUAACACAACUGCACGAGCUAGAGGAAUUCAGGCUACACGCGUACGAAAAUGCCAAGCUGUACAAAGAGAAGAUCAAGAAGUGGCAUGACAAGCAUAUUGUGUCACUCCCCUUUAAGCCUGGCCAAUUGGUGCUACUAUUCAAUUCAAGACUGAAGUUGUUCCCUGAAAAACUUCGGUCUAAGUGGAGUGGGCCGUUUGAGGUGGUGAGAAUGACCCAACAUGGAUCUGUGGAGCUAAGAAAUAAGGAUAAGAGCUCCACUUUUCUUGUAAAUGGGAAAAGAGUGAAACACUACUUUGGGAAUGACAUUGAUCGUGAGAAAGAAUCGCUUAACUUAAAUGACGAGUGA